GAGCAGUAGGAGUGAUUGGUUCAUACUGAGCCCCACCUCUUUGAAGCUGGAAGGUUGUCACAGUAUUUAAACUACUAGUACACUCACCAGAGCUUUGUACUGAGGUGCUGAGCAGAGACAAGUGGACUUCCAUUUGUUCUAGAUAAGCCAUCAGCUAUCCAUCAUUAUGUCGGGGAAGCCCAAACUUCACUACUUCAAUGGACGAGGCAGAAUGGAAUCCAUCAGGUGGCUCCUGGCUGCAGCUGGAGUAGAGUUUGAAGAGAAAUUUAUAGAAACUCCGGAAGACCUAGAAAAGUUAAGAAAUGAUGGGAGUUUGCUGUUCCAGCAAGUGCCAAUGGUUGAAAUUGAUGGGAUGAAGCUGGCACAGAGCAGAGCCAUUCUCAACUACAUUGCCAGCAAAUAUGACCUCUAUGGGAAGGACUUAAAGGAGAGAGCCUUGAUUGAUAUGUAUUCAGAAGGAAUAUCAGAUCUGGGUGAAAUGAUUAUCACUUUGCCACUGUGUCCACCUGAUCAAAAAGUAUCCAAAAUUGCUCUGAUCAAGGAGAAGACAUCAAAUCGUUAUUGCCCUGCCUUUGAAAAGGUAUUAAAGAGCCAUGGGCAAGACUACCUGGUUGGCAACAGACUGAGCAAGGCUGAUAUACUUCUGGUUGAAGUUCUCUACUAUGUGGAUGAGAUUGACUCGAGUCUUCUGGCCAGCUUUCCUCUGCUCAAGGCCUUUAGAACCAGAAUCAGCAACCUUCCUAAGGUGAAGAAGUUUCUGCAGCCUGGUAGUCAGAGAAAGCCUCCAAUAGAUGAGAAAGCUUUAGAACAAGCGAAGAAGAUUUUUGGUAUCAAGUAAAUGUGUUCUCCUAGUACAAUCAGAAGUAAUCUUCUAAAACUUUCCAACAAUGAAGUUCCUCACCUAAAUGUUGAUUUUGACUAUUGUGAAAUCAAUAAACUAUUCGAAAAACUUUA